UGGGCCUGGCGGGCCUCCGCAGCGCAGUGCUCGCCAGACUUCGGGCCAGGACUGCUUAGGAGCCCGGCCGCCGCCCCUGCCGCCGUCCCCCGCCCCCCACAAGCAGCGCCGCCCCUCUGUGGACGCCCGCGAAGCAAGGCUGCCAAGCCCGGGCUCCGCCUGCCUCGUUCCUCGCGGUUUUCCGCGUCCUCGCCGGGCGUGCGCGAUGCGGCUGGGCCCGAGGCCCGUGGCGCUGGGGCUGCUGCUGCUCUACGCCGCGGUGGCCGGCGCCGGCAAGGCGGAGGAGCUGCAUUACCCGCAGGGCGAGCACCGGGCCGACUACGACCGCGAGGCGCUGCUGGGCGUCCAGGAAGACGUCGAUGAGUAUGUUAAACUUGGCCACGAAGAGCAGCAGAGACGACUGCAGUCGAUCAUAAAGAAAAUUGACUCGGACUCAGAUGGUUUUCUCACUGAAAGCGAACUCAGUCAGUGGAUUCAGAUGUCCUUCAAGCAUUACGCUAUGCAAGAAGCCAAACAGCAGUUUGUUGAGUAUGAUAAGAACAGUGACGGCACUGUGACAUGGGACGAAUACAACAUCCAAAUGUACGACCGCGUAAUUGACUUUGACGAGAACACUGCUCUGGAUGACACGGAAGAGGAGUCCUUUCGGCAGCUGCAUUUAAAGGACAAGAAGCGAUUUGAAAAAGCUAACCAAGAUGCUGGUCCUGGUCUGAAUCUGGAAGAAUUUAUUGCAUUUGAGCACCCUGAAGAAGUUGAUUAUAUGACGGAGUUCGUCAUUCAAGAGGCUUUAGAAGAACAUGACAAAAAUGGUGAUGGCUUUGUUAGUUUGGAAGAAUUUCUUGGCGAUUACAGGCGAGAUCCAACUGCAAAUGAAGAUCCAGAAUGGAUACUUGUUGAGAAGGACAGAUUUGUGAAUGAUUACGACAAGGAUAAUGAUGGCCGGCUCGAUCCCCAAGAGCUUUUGUCAUGGGUAGUGCCCAAUAAUCAGGGCAUUGCACAAGAGGAAGCUCUUCAUCUAAUUGAUGAGAUGGAUUUGAAUGGUGACAAAAAGCUGUCUGAAGAAGAGAUUCUGGAAAACCAAGACUUGUUUCUUACCAGUGAAGCCACGGAUUAUGGCAGACAGCUCCAUGACGACUAUUUCUACCAUGAUGAGCUUUAACUCCUAAGUGUGCCCAAGUGCAGGAUGGGUCCUUUUGUAGUUUGCUACCAGCUUUACUUUUAUGAUAAAAUAUCGAUGUUGUAUUUUACACUCUUAAGUCUUACCAUAUCAAAUCUUAAUGUAGAUCAUCAUUUUGGGCCUUCUAGAAGAAAAACAAAACAAAAGUUGAUAUUUAUUUCAAGAUUUAUUGAAGGAGUAAAACAUUAAUAUCGUGCCAUAUGACCACACAGUCUUUCCUAAGUACUCCGUCUGUGUAGUACUGUGUUGUGGAAUGAUUGAGUUCUGUUUGCAUACUUGAAAAGAUGGAGGCCUGUAGACAUGUCUAAACAAUAGUGUUUAAGUAGCAUGUGAUGAAGCGAUCAGUUUUUGUUCUAUACUAAGUAGAUUUACUUUUGAAACUGACAAAGGACAAUGUUUUUAGGUUUAGUGUUAUAUUUUAAAACCUUUUAAGGAACCUUCAGAAGGACUUAAACCUCACGUAGAUGUUGAGAAGUUCUACUUAAUUUUAAAAUGGUUUCUAUAAAGGGUUUUGUCGUAUGAAAUAGAACUUUAUAUUUUUGCAUAUGUAUAGAUAGUAAUUAUAUUUAAUGUAUAACUAUAGCAUUAUGGUGAGUGGAAAUUGACAUUGUCCAGACUCUUCAUUUUUGACUGAUUAAAAUAAACUGUCCUAUCUUUUUAUAUGUUUGUUUUUUAAUUUUUCUAGAUAAACUUUAAAUUUAGCACGGGGUUCAUUAUAUUUUACAUUAUUCAUUCCUUUAUUCAGGUAGUGGAUGGUCUCAAAACUGUUAAUUAUUCUUGGUGUAUAUUCUUAUUUUGCCUUUUUUUUUAAAUAAAAAAUUAUGUUAUAAUU